GAAGAAUUCACCAUCUAGCGUUGUCCUGUCUGGCUUGCCAUUCUCGUUGUUGCGGAGCAGCUGUUUCUCCUUGUCCAUAAGCCAACACAAAAUCUCGAGGUCAUAAUCCGUACCAAGUAUUGACCAAGUUAAAAACGCCGAGGAAAUGACAUCCGUGGAGACUAACACCAUUCUCGAGCAAAAUGGCUCCGGCCUAUUUGCUCUUCCCUGGGAAGUCAAGGAGCGCAUCUAUGAAUACUAUCUCGCCUUCAGCCGCGAAGACUUUGGCUCCACCUCGCGGCCGUUGCUCACUUACUUCGAGCAAGGGGUCUACACGAAACCUUUGCCGCCCUUCAUGUUGGCAUGCAAGCGCGCUUACCGAGAACUGCAGCAACGGGUUCACGCAGACGCCGUUAUGCAUGUACACCCUCAGGCCCUGGGCGACAGGGGCAUCGGCUUUGCCGUUCACGGGACGCUCCGCUUCGAGCGCCUACGCAAGUUCCACCUGCUCCUCACCACCGAGUAUCCGAACUGGAACCGGUGGAUGGGGGUGUUCGGCGAGGUGGCGCAACGAUCCAAGGACCUGGUCGAGCUCGUCAUCGACUGGGAGCCGAGGCCGACUUUCUCGAAUCUGAAAGGAUGGGAGGCUAAGUUCAACGAGAAGAAGUCCAGCGAGUUCUUUGGCAUUUUGUCACAACUUUGCCAUCUCGAAGUUGUCAGGUUUCAUGGAGAGUUGCCAGAGGGGUGGAGGGAAAGGUUUGAGAAGGAAACAACUGCGAGGCUUGUAUGCUACAAGUUCAAAUGGUGGAAAGAGCAUGGUUUGGAGUAGUUGAUUUGAAAAAGAGGGUUUAAAGGUAGAGGCGUAUUGCAUCUUCAACUAGAG